CGGACCGAAACUAAAAGCCCCCCUUGUCUCUGUGAAUGAGUAAAUUCACACGGACUCAAGUCGGCGAGAGAAGCGCUCACUGUGUGUCUCCGUGUGCGUGUGUGCGCGUGUGUGCGGGAGACCACAGUGUUUCAGUGCGUUUCAGGGAAAAGAAAGUGUUGAUCCAAGGACGUUCACUCUGGACCGAGAGCUACAGACGCGUGUAGCGGAGGGAACCGUGAUGAAGGCGCUCAGAGAUUAUUUCCCUCUCCUCCUGCUUGUGGUGGCGGUGGUGACAGAAACGGGCGCUAAAGCCUCUGCCUCUGAGGAUGCUCAAUCUAUCACCCCGGGGGGCCCUCCGGAGAGCAGAGCCAGCUUGUACUCCACCACCCAGGACACGGACAGGAGACUCCCCGUGGUCACCACCGCCUCGCCUCUCAACAUCCUGAACCACCACACACUCUACAGAAAUCCCCCACAACACCAGGCACCACUCGGACCCCAUGUUCAGCCAAACUACUUCGAAGACAACGGAGAAUCCAGCUCACACCCCAGCACUCGUACCUCCCCCACCGUGCCAUCCGGGACUACAUACUCCACUCCACAUAAUGCUGAUGAGAGGGCUUCAGGUGAGAGCGCCAAAGGCUCCGGCAUGCAAACAACUCUUGUCAUGCAUGCAUUAGAAGCCACUUCUCACUCCAACUCCCCCAUUACAGCCACCAGAGUGGUUGUAAAGGAUCCAGGACAUGUUUCCACCAUCACCUCUGCUGCUGCUACAAAGGAGAACCCGGUAGUGAGGCCAGAUCAGCCUGGACUGAUGCCGAAUAUGAGACCAGGCCGUAAUGAAGAGGAGACAACCACCACCACUAUCACUACCACAACCGUAAUCACCACGAUGCAGAGUCCAGUUCCCUGCCAACUGAACCUGACGGGCCCAGAAGGAUACAUAGAGGCUCCACCACAGUCCAGCUUGGCCUUUCACUCCACUAUGGACUGCAGCUACAUCAUCACUGUCUAUACGGGCUAUGGAGUGGAGGUCCAGGUGAUGAAUGUGAAUCUGUCUGAGGGCGACAAGGUGGUGUUGGAAGACGUGGGCUAUGGGGAGAACACCAUGCUGGCCAACGAGUCCAUUCUAAUGAGGGGGUUGGUGGUACGGAGCCACAGCAAUCAAAUCUCCAUUCGCUUCCACAGCCAGAGCUCCCAGGCCGGAUCCGUCCUGCUCAGAUACCAAUUCUUCGUGUUGAGCUGUGUCUUCCCCCAGCGGCCUCUUUACGGAGAUGUAUCAGUGAGCAGUCUCCAUUCUGGAGGGGAGGCUUUCUUCUCCUGCCUGACUGGUUACCAGCUGCAAGGCACCAGUGUGCUGACCUGCCGCAAUGCGAGCACCCCCUACUGGAGUGGCAAGGAACCACACUGCCUAGCUGCCUGUGGUGGUGUGAUCACGAACGUCACAGUGGGUCGGAUCAUCUCUCCUGGUUUUCCCAGCAACUACAGCAACAACCUGACGUGCCACUGGCUGCUGGAGGCUCCAGAGGCCCAAAGACUUCACAUUCACUUUGAGAAGGUGGCACUGGCCGAGGAUGACGAUCGGGUGCUGAUCAAGAACGGUAACAGCAUAGAUGCAGCUGCCCUGUAUGAUUCCUUUGAGGUGGAGUAUCUGCCUAAUGAAGGUUUACUCAGCUCGUCCAGACAUCUAUUCAUUGAGCUGACUACAGACGCUACAGGCACAUCUACUGGCAUCGCCAUCCGAUACCAAGCCUUUGCAGCAGGCCACUGCUACGAGCCCUUCAUGAAGUAUGGUAACCUGACCAGUAGUGACAACAGUUGGGCAGUGGGAGCUGUGGUGGAGUUUGCCUGUGACCCUGGCUAUACUCUGGAGCAAGGCUCUGUCACCAUUGAAUGCAUGGACCCCAACAAUCCCCAAUGGAAUGAGACUGAGCCCGCCUGCAGAGCUGUGUGUAGUGGCGAAAUCACAGAUUCAGCUGGAGUGGUGCUCUCUCCUAACUGGCCCGAAGCCUACGAUAAAGGCCAGGACUGUAUCUGGGGAAUCCAUGUCGAGGAGGACAAGAGGAUCAUGCUGGACAUUCAAGUGUUGAACAUCGGGAAGAAUGACCUGCUGACCUUUUAUGAUGGAGACGAUCUUACAGCCAAGGUGUUGGGUCAGUAUGGAGGAUCGAAGUCUCACUUUAAGCUCUACACCUCCACUGCGGACGUCACUAUCCAGUUCCAGUCGGACCCUGCCACAAAUGUCUAUGGCUACGGCAAUGGAUUCGUUGUGCACUUCUUUGAGGUAGCUCGUAAUGACACCUGCCCCGAGCUUCCAGAGAUCUCGAAUGGAUGGAAGAGUGCAUCCCACCCUGAGCUGGUUCAGGGCACUGUGGUGACCUACCAGUGUUACCCAGGUUAUCAGGUGGUGGGUGCCGAGCUGCUCAUGUGCCAGUGGGACCUCACCUGGAGCGGUGACUUACCAAGCUGUGAAAGAGUGGUGUCUUGUGCUGACCCUGGAACGGUGGAUCACAGCAGGCGGGUGCUGUCGGGUCCCCAUUUCACUGUGGGUUCAACCAUCCAGUACAUCUGCAACAAGGGUCUCACUCUGUCUGGAAACAGCCUGCUCACCUGCUUCAACCGAGGCUCCUCAGGCCCCAAGUGGAACCAGAAGCUGCCCAGAUGCCUGCCUGAGACCUUUGAGCCCUGCAGCCACCCAGGAACCCCCACCUAUGGGAUCCCCAACUCCAACAAGCUCCACUUCCAGCCAGGUGACACUCUCCACUACUCCUGCAUGACUGGUCACCAGCUGCUCGGGGAGCCUGUUCUCCAUUGCAUCCCUGGACACCCGUCUCAGUGGAGUGGGCUGCCACCUGUCUGCAAAGCCAACCCUGCAGGUUUGGAUGAGCACAGAUUAGAUGUGUCUACUGCGGAUGUCAGAAUGGAUGGGGCCCAAGCUGCAUUUGCUGUCUUCAUCCCUAUCGUCCUCCUCCUCAUCUUCCUAAUUGGGAUGUACCUCUACUUCUCAAAGGUUCCGAGGAAGUCACUACAGCUCUCCCUCUCCUCCAACCUACCAUAUGAAAACAUUUCUGGAGAACCUGCAAUCGACAGCUCUGUUUAUGAGACAACUGAAACAAGAGAGUACGAGGUUUCGAUCUGAAGACGCCAGUGUGUGUGUUUCAGUAUGGACAGAUAAGAAGCCCGCUGGCCUUUUCAAUGUCCGUCAGACUCGCACCUUUGGUGACUCAUUUGACGCCUCCACCCUGUUCUCUGGUCACCGAAUAUGAGCCUCCCUUUAUUUACCCAACAGAGGACACCUCACCGCCCCUGGAAAGGCAGGGCCACUGGAUUAUUUUUCUAGCUCUUCAACACUUACAGUCCAGCAGCAGCAGUUUGUACAGUUUUUAAUCCUGUGCUUGCAUCCUGAGGACUUUCAGUGCAAGUAACAUCUCAGAAAGGAGAAGGAAUAGAUUUGAAAUUUGUGCCAUCAAGUGCAUAUAUCCACAGGUCUUGCAUUGUGUUAUGUACAUUAUACACUAUUUGUCUUGUGCUUUCAUUUCAAGAACAAUCCCUAAGGGUUUUAUGGGAUGUCUAUUAAGAGUAAGAGAUGUCUCAGAAAAAAAGGAACAGCUUUUACAAGCAGUUGCUCAAUAUGAUUUCUCUUUUACUUUAAGUGACCCAUGAGAAAUCAGAAUGUGCCUUAAAUAAAAGGCCCUUUAAGGAAAAACUGAUGAGAGGAGAGGAGAAGACUGAUAUCAUCCUGGUGUGCAUGUUAAGACCAGAGCUUGAGUCACGAUGUGGUUAGCCUAGCUUAGCAUUUGACUAAAAGCAGGGGGGCAUGGCCUUUUAAAGCUAAAAUGACCAUGAGCACUCACCAACACUUCUAACAUGGUGCAUCUCUGUAGCACAAGCUGAAAACAAUUAACAACUGGUGGUUUUUGGAAUGCGGCUAAUUCAUGAGAAAACAUUCAUCAACUCAUAUGAAAGUGAAACGUGCAUCUCCCUGCAAGUGAGAGUGAAACUUGAUUAUCUGCAGUGAUUUAAUGAAAAAGUGACAGAAAAAGUAGAGGAAAGAAGGUUAAACCAAUACCUAGCUGUGCAAAAUGUCUGCAAAGAAGACCACCAUUGUCGUAAUGUCUGAGAGUUCUCUUUUAUUGUUUUACAGUUCUGCUUAACACGAAGCCAUUGAAGGCUGUUAGAGGUCAAUACAACAUUUGCAGUUGAUAGCUUGUGAGUCUUUACAGACUCAGUAGACAUUAUUUAUACUUUAUCCAUCUAGUUUGGUGUCGCUCUUGCUCAGCUAGGCUUGACUCAUCCGUACCAGCUCUGUGUUUAACACAGACAUUUAAUAUAGGUAUUAAUGUUCCCAUUUCGCCUUGACAAAGAAAGCAAAUACGCCUAUUUUCCAGAGUGUUGAACCAUUUCUAAAACAGACACUGUUAACACACAAGUUAAGAUUAUACAUUACACACCUUGUCAAUAAACCCCAGAAAAUGUUUCCAACUCCGAUGGGGAUCAUUAAAGUGUCAGUUUAUAUUUUCAAAUGACCAAACUGAUUGAAUGUGUUCAUACUCUGUGUAACAUACAGAAUUAAAGAGUAAGACAUUUUGAUUUCUACUUAUAGUGAUAUCCCAUGUGUUGAACUGUCUAUUAAGCUAAAGGGAAUUGCACACCAAUGUCAGCCGUUGUUUAUACAGUAUUACCAUUGCCUGAAUUCAGGUUAUGUCAACAUUUAGAGCAUUAUUGUCAUUCAAACAUUCAGUAUAUAUUGUCCUAGGAGAAUACAGUAUGUAUCCAUGCAAGCUGGUGUGAUGACAAUGAUUAUAAUCAACCAAUUUUUGAUUGAAUGCACACAAAGUACUGACCAAGCUAACAUCACAAGCAUCUUCAAUAAAAAGGUAUUGUUCAGACAA